CGCUGUCUUUGGGGGGCGCGAGGGCUCCAGAGAAGGGGUGUCCAUCUCCGGCUGCAGGAGCUCUCGAGGGGGUCCGACGAGGACGGUCUGGGCAGGUGGCAGCCGCACUGUCGGUGGCCCCGGAGCCUUUCGCAGCCCAGAGUUGGAAAAUAUUUAAGUCUCAACAAAUGAAUUCCACACUUGAACUUUGCUGCAUUCCUGUGCCACCUCCUCCUUUAGAAAACUGAUCUUAGAACAGAGAUAAGAGUAACAAGGUAGAAGAAGAUGCUGGGAUCUGAACGUGGUGUUGUGGAAGAAUGGUUAUCAGAAUUCAAGGCAUUACCUGACACUCAGAUCACUAAUUAUGCAGCAACUUUACACCGGAAAAAAACAUUGGUACCAGCCCUCUACAAAGUUAUUCAAGAUUCAAAUAAUGAGCUCCUGGAACCUGUCUGCCACCAGCUGUUUGAGCUCUAUCGUAGCUCUGAAGUUCGACUUAAGAGGUUCACGCUGCAGUUCUUGCCAGAAUUGAUGUGGGUUUAUUUACGGCUUACAGUUAGCCGAGACAGACAGAGUAAUGGUUGCAUUGAAGCACUUCUGUUAGGAAUUUAUAAUUUGGAAAUUGCUGAUAAAGAUGGAAACAAUAAAGUUCUGUCUUUUACUAUCCCUUCUUUAUCUAAGCCUUCAAUAUACCAUGAGCCCUCAACAAUUGGAUCCAUGGCUUUGACUGAAGGAGCAUUGUGUCAGCAUGACCUCAUCAGGGUUGUUUAUAGUGAUCUUCAUCCUCAGAGGGAAACAUUCACUGCACAAAACCGGUUUGAAGUCCUGAGUUUUCUUAUGUUGUGUUAUAAUUCUGCUAUUGUGUAUAUGCCUGCUUCAUCUUAUCAAUCUCUUUGUCGGAUGGGCUCCAGGGUUUGUGUGAGUGGGUUUCCACGGCAACAUGAAAAACACUGGAAAGAACUCUGUGGUCGAAUAGUAUUGGAUCCCGAAUUUAUGGUGCAACUUCUCACCGGCGUUUAUUAUGCCAUGUAUAAUGGACAGUGGGACCUUGGCCAGGAAGUUCUUGAUGACAUUAUUUAUAGAGCUCAGCUAGAACUCUUUUCUCAACCAUUAUUGGUUGCUAAUGCAAUGAAAAAUUCAUUACCAUUCGAUGCUCCUGAUUCUUCACAAGAAGGCCAGAAAGUACUUAAAGUGGAAGUCACUCCAACAGUGCCGAGGAUUUCUCGGACUGCAAUUACCACAGCUUCCAUUCGUCGCCAUAGAUGGAGGAGAGAAGAUGGCUUUGACUUCUCAAACGAGGCUGACUCGAGUAUUCCUGGCUCCCCGAUCCAACACGGCUCCACUGACGUAGGGAUCAAACGUGUGCAAGAGGGGGAGGUGCUGGUACGCAGGACCCCUGAGCACGGCUCACCGGAGCCCAACUCAGCAGCUGCCACAACAGAGGGCGCUGAGGGGGUAAACGGAGAAGAAGAGUCGGUAAACCUAAAUGAUGCAGAUGAAGGAUUUUCAUCAGGGGCUUCCCUCAGCAAUCAGCCAGUUGGGACCAAACCAUCCUCCUCCUCUCAGAGGGGAAGCUUAAGGAAAGUAGCAACUGGGCGUUCAGUCAAGGAAAAAGAAACCACUUCUCCCAUCAAAUCCAGUGAAAGCCCCCGAGAUUCAGUAGUUCGCAGGCAGUAUGUACAGCAACCUCCUGAUCUUAGUGCAGAUUCGAUUGAGCUGACACCGAUGAAGAAACACCUGAGUCUGCCUGCUGGCCAGGUGGUGCCAAAAACCAAUAGCAUAAGUCUAAUCCGGACAGCCAGUGCUUCCUCAAGUAAAUCAUUUGACUAUGUAAACGGGAGUCAAGCAAGUACCAGCUUUGGGGUUGGCGCUGAGGGAGUUACUAAUUUAGCAACUAGCAAUGCUAAUCGAUACUCGACUAUCAGUCUGCAGGAAGACCGGCUAGGUCAAGCUGGAGAAGGUAAAGAGCUGCUCAGCCCUGGCGCCCCCUUAACCAAGCAGUCUCGAUCCCCAAGUUUCAAUAUGCAGCUAAUAUCCCAGGUGUAGAUUUGACAUCCUCUCUCCAUCUUUCUGCUUACCUUUUAAACUGAACAUUUCAUUGUGCAAGAAGCAACUUCGUCCCACGUUGUGAAAAUAUUGGUCAUCGUAAUCAGAGUUGAUUUAGUUUAGGUAUGUUCAUACUGUAUUUUGUAUGGAAACAGCAAUAAUGUUUUCUUUCUCCUUCCUAUAUCUUCUCUUCACCUAUUCCUUGUGAAUGUGUUUGUGAAGCAGUAUAAAAUGUUUGCAUUUUCCAUGCCCUCCUUUCUCCUUGGGUGAUGUGCAAUCCGUCGUAGGCUGAUCGGUCCCAUUUCAACACUGUGAGACUGAGGAUAUGCUAGAGGAAAUGGUGUAUAUGAUCCCUAUGAAAUGACUCUUUGGCUUUCUUUUAAAAACACACACA